AUGAAAUUGGAUUGUGGCCGACUUCAGGAACAUUUUUCCAUUCAACACAUUGGAAUGACCAAUUUAAAAGAAUUGGAGAUGUAUGCUCCUCGCAAUCUGAGAAAUGAGGAUGUAUCCACAUUCAAUGUUAAAAAAUGUUUGAUUUCUACUGAUAAAAUCAGCCUUCGUGAUUGGAAUCGUUUUUUCAAACUGUGGAUCAAAGGAUUUAAUCUAAGAUUGGAGCAUUUGAUCAUUGAGAGGAACGCCAUACCAGAGUGGAAUAUCUUGCUGAAUGGAUUGAAAGCAGAAGAAACAGAAGGAGAAGGAUCAACGAAGUUCAUAGUUCGAAAUUCUCGUGGAAUCUGCGCUAAAAUUGGAUGUAAAUUGCUCUAUAGAGAUGUGUUUCAGAUGGAGUUUACUGUUUCAAAAUAA